AUGUCUCAAAGAACACUUCUAAUUACUGAUUUCUUUUCUAAAUGUCGUUCGACAUCUGUUUCAAAUGCUGCGCUUUUUGACAAGCCAGUGAAAGUAAUUAAAAUCGAUGAACCAUCAAUCAUAAAGAAUGAAUUCUUCGAUGCUGAUCUCGAUCAGUGCACACCAAAUCUUCCUCUCGAGACAAACACAGCAUUGUCUACAUGUAAUUUAUCGCUAAUUCCUGAAAAUUUAUCAUUUCGGUAUCAUUUGAAAUCUAUUUUAGCACCAACAGAAAAUCGUAUUAGUAUUGAAUCAAAUGAAAUUAUCUCAGCGAAUAAAGAUGAAUUGCCACAAACUUCUGCAAUCAAAUCAUCAGUUGCUUCUCGAAUUAAAUUUGUUCGUCAUCACAGUGCUCCACUUCAUCAUCGUAGUCCCAUUAAAAUGCGUGAAGGUUCAAUAGGACAGCAAGAACUUGAAGAAAUACGUACACGUAUUCGUGUGUUUAGAAAUGAUUUAUAUAAAUAUAAAUCAACACAUUCUCGUUCGCCUAUUAAACGUCCUAAUAUCAUUGGAGAUGUUCUAACAAGUCCAUUCAAACAUCCAACACAACUAACACCAGUAAAAAGUUAUCCAUCUAUUCCAGCUUACGAACGUUUUGAUUCACUGACGAAAACAAUUGAAUUACCAUUACCACAAAAAUAUGAAUUAUUACUUGAACAAUAUAAACAUCUUGAUUUUCUUGUUUGUCAUACGCAUAAUAAUGGAGGCAUUAGUACAUUUGAAAAAGUUCAGCAAGUUAUACAACAGAAAACUAAACGAAACUUUACAUUAGAAACACUCGGUCGUAUAAAAACAGUGUAUCCAACAAUGUAUGGAUUUCAACAAGAGAAAAUUCAAUUACCAACAUUGAGUCCAGUGAAACUGAACUAUGAAUUAACAAUAACUCCAACUGAUUUUCGAAUUCAAUCAAAUAUACAAAUAACUCCAUCAAUUAUUAUUGAACGUAUUGAUUGUUUUCGUCGUUCUCUACUGAAUCUAGUCAAAAAGCAUCAUCAGACAUUUCUAUCUAAUAAACUUCAAUUGAAACUUGAUGAACUUCCUAAUAAUGAUGAUCUUGCUCGUUGGCAUCCAGAUUUUGAUUUUGUAAAUAUUCCCGACAUUGACAUAUCACCAUUACCGGAAUCGCCAGAUAGAAACUAUAAACAAUUAUUAGCAUCACCCAUUGAAAUUCGUCACUUUGCUGAGAAAACACAAUCACAACGUGUUAAACGUGCGUUAUUUUCAACGUUUUCAAGUGAUGAUGUAUCAUCAACAAUAGCAUUAUCAUCACCAAGUAAAGAAUCAUAUUCAAUCGAUGGACUAUCGUCAUCAUUAAUUGACAAAAUUCGUUCGAAAGAAACAAAUAAAUUAUUAUCCAAUAAAAUAGAUGAUCAAAAAGAAAUGCUUUCUCGUCUAGAGCAAGCUAUUGCUAUUGUUCAACAAUUUUUUAUUGCUGAACGUGCAACAUCACUACAAUUGGAUCUUGUUGCCAAACAAAUUCGUGAUUGUCAUUCAGGUCCACUGUCUUAUAAUCAAUCAACGGAAACACUUCAUUUCCUUCACACAUAUCCGGCAAAUAAUGGAUGGCUUUCAAUAAUCACCGUUCGAGAAAGACAUUUUAUCAAAGUUAAUCGACACAAAUCAAUUAAUACAAUCAUUGAGACUAUACAACAAGAAUUACAAAAAUAA